CUCGCCAAGUGCAAGAAAUCCAACCACACACACACCGCAUGCGGGUCUCCACAGUGACGCUCCUUGCGACCCAAUACAUGUUGCUGGCGCUCAAUGCAGCUGCGGAAGAGCCUCGGUGCGUCAAGUGGCGCGCGACUUCGGGCUGCGACCCCCAUGGUCCUCGCAACAGUUGGUACGAUGCAGCAUGCAGCAGCACCAUCCCUGACGGGAGUUCCGGGUACUGCGAGUGUGAAAAUCGACGUCGUGUGCGUGAAGUGGGCUGUGAGCACCACUCGUUCACGUGUGAAGAUGCGUGCAAGAAAGAUGCGUCCACCGAGCUCCAUUACCCUCCUGGGUUGGAAUUCGUCACUUGCGGUAGCACGAUCAAGUUGGUCCAUGAAGACAGUCGAUUUCGAUUGCAUUCACAUGAAGUCAAUUACGGAACUGGCAGUGGGCAGCAAUCGGUGACAGCCCAUGGUUCUCGUGACGACUUUAACAGUUAUUGGCUUGUUAAGGAAGGCGACGGGGCUUCUCCAUGCGACCUUGGUGCCAAGAUUCGAUGUGGGUCCACGAUUCGUUUGGAGCACGUGAACACUCGACGAAACUUGCACUCGCAUGACUUUUCAUCGCCCUUGUCAAACGGUCGAUACGCAGAAGUGAGUGGGUUUGGCGUAGCCGGGGAUGGCGACAGUGGUGAUUCGUGGAUCGUCGAAUGCGAAAAUGCCCAGCAAUGCCAGGCCACUGACAAAGACUGCCACUCGACUGGGGUUCCUUCGUGGGGCCGCGACGAACUUGUACGUUUGCGCCACGUAGUGUCUGGCAAGUACCUCCGCACAGACCACGCGGUCCGGUUCGACCAGUCCAACUGCCCUCGCUGCCCGAUCGUCGGGCAGCAGGAAGUAAACGCAGGACAGUCUUUGGACGACGCGACGUUGUGGUUUGCCGGCGAAGGCAUUUACAUGGGAGGCGGGUCUGAGUAAUCAAAUUUUUCAACACACCCCAGUAAUCUGCUCUCAUUCGAUUUCAGUGCUCUCGCACCCCAGCCACGAGUUGG